GAGUGUACUGGAACCUCCCAGUUAGGGCUUUGAGUCACUCUACCACCAAGCAGCCUGGAAAAGGAGGGGAAACUUGUCCCAUUGUUACUGCUGUGUCUCUCAAGUGCAGGUGAAGGAGUUUGACUUCACUCUGUACAUUUAAUGCUUAUUGAUCAACAGCGAAUGACAACACAGAAAAAAAAGGAUAACUUGCUCCAGAUGAUGGGAAUCUAUUCCGAUUUACUACUUUUGUUCACUUUGACUCAGUAUGCUACAUGUCAGAAACUCGCUGGCCAGUUAUCAAAUCCAACUAUCCAAGGUCCGGAAAGAGUUCAUUUAAAUGACACGAAAACAAUUUCCUGUUUUGCAUCGAGUGAAAAGCCUUCCAUGCUGUAUAGUUUAUACCGAGACAAAACACUUGUUGAAGCACAGAAUAUAUCAACAUCUGAGCCAGCUAACUUCUCAGUAUCAUUUUACAGUCAGAAUGAUGGAGGGACUUACAAAUGCAAAGUUGAAAGUGAUGAUGCCGUGCAAAGAAAAUACAGUAACAGCAUCAACAUUAUUGUACUAGCUCCAGUGUUGGGAGUUAGCAUAACUUCAGUACCGGAUCCACCUGUCCUAAAAGUACAUGACAAACUAACUCUCAACUGCAUCGUAAAACAAGGCUCUAGUGUGACAUACCAAUGGUACUUUAAUGAACAAGAACUAUUGUCAACCUCUUCAAUCAAAAUAAACCAAUCCAGUCUGGUUAUUAAUCAUGCCCUUUCCAACAAUACUGGUCAUUAUCAAUGUCAAGCAAGCAAUCAAUUCAGUGAGACAACAUUCAAAGUUGUCAGCAAUUCCACAGAAGUAAUUGUUAAAGUUCCAGCAUCGAAUCCUGACAUUUUUGUGGAUGUAAACUUUGUGAGGAAGGAUACCAUGUUCAUAACUGUUAAAUGUUUAUCGCAUGAAGGAACCCUACCAAUAACGUACACAUUGUAUAUAAACACAAGUUUUGUGAAGGACUACGAUGCACAAAGUCGGAGAGAAGGUCAAUUUAUUGUACCCGUACCUUACACUGACAAACUGGGAACCUUCAAAUGCAAAGCUACGAAUGGAUUUGAUUCAAAAUACAGUAAUGGGCUGGAUGUAGAUUUGUCUGUUAAGUUGACAUCAAAGCCAGAUCCCCCAAUUCAGGGCCACCAAGUCACAUUGAAUUGCAAUGUAACUUAUCAAACCAAUGCAAAAUAUACCUGGUACUUUGUGCAUUCAAAAGAGAAUUCAACGGAAAGUACCAAACAGAAUCAAUUCACUCAUGUUGCAAACCAUCCUGGAAGAUAUUACUGCUCAAUUAAUGGACAAACUAGCAACUGGAUUGAAGUACUGAGUCAAGAUUCCAGUCUCCAACCAGUGACAAUUGCUAUCAGUGUAGCAGUCACAGUGCUGCUGAUUUUGGUUCUUGGAUUGAUUUGCUAUUGCAUUUUUCAGAAAGGCAAUCUGAUCUAGGAAACAAUAUCACCAUCAUGGUCAAUACCUCAUUGAUACUGCCAGACAGCGUGGGCCUUGAUGAAACAGAGCCUGCUUCUUGAUAACUCUGUUCUUCCUCAGAGGCUGAUCAAUCAACUCCUUGAAGCUUUAUCAAGAAGUCUUGGUGAAAAUCCACUGAAGCCCUUCUCGGGCAACAAUCAAGGCUGGAAUGUGAACUCAAAAAAUAAUGGUCUUGAAUCCUAAUCCUGCAUCACGAUGCUAAAUUAUUUAAAGAAGUUGUAUUCAUUUUGCAGAGGUGUAAGGUUGUACUUUAAGCUUUCAGAUAUUAAACAUCGCCAACAGUCAGCUGUAAGAUAAUGCUUUAGAAUUCACCAGCAUUCAUUUCCUGGUAUUCCUCCAUAAUGUUAUAUAUCCAAAGGAGCACAAAGUCUUCUCGUGAGUCUGCUUUCCAAUAUUUGCAUUCAACAACUUAAGAUUAAUUGAAGAAACUUGAAAAGAAAUUAAUCAAGUUAUCCCCCCAACAUGCCAAUUAUACUUCAAACUGUGUAUGUUUGGAGUAACUUUUAAGUUUUUGAAUAAAACAUAAACUGAGCUACAGGAAAAGCAGGUUAGGAUCACAAAGGCAAAAUAAGGUAUGAAGAAGGAACAUAAUGAGGAAAAUGCUUGGAAAACACACCAGUACAGUAUAUCAUUUAAUUUUACACGUUUAAUAUUAAAACCUUGUGAAUAAAGUAUAUCUGGCAUAGGCGUAUAGGUCAAAUGUUUAUCUUCUAUGCCAUAAUAUUCUACAAUUCUAUAAUUUAGAAAUUAACAUCUAUUUUUAUUCAAUUAUGAUUUUUAAAAAAUGUAAAGCAAAGAGCCUUCUGAGCUUUGUAAUGUGGAGAAAGAGUUUGUAAAUCCUAAAGGAUGCAUUUGGGGUUUAUUCUGUUUUUGGAUUUAUAUUUGGCUUUAGUUUUAGAUUGUCCUUUAGAGUUAAACAUUAAGUUAUAACGACAAGAAAAAAUAAUUGGUUCCAAUUUUUUUAGCAUGGUUUUUCCUAUUUUGGGUUAGAACUGUUAUCAUGCUGAUUUUCAUCUCAUUUAGCCAAAGUUGAAGCAGUAAUGUAGUUGCAUCUGGAUAGACAUUCACUGCAGUGGCAACAUUUUUUUUGUCCUAUUCAUAGCAGACGGUUAGGAAGCAGGUAGAUGCGUGAUCCCCAGGGAAUUCACUUGCUGCUCAUGCCAAAAAUGGUAAGAAUGCAGCUCUAUUGUGCUGAGAAACUUAGAGAAUACUGAAUGGCCUGGACUGAGUGGAUGUUGGGAAGAUGUUUUCAUUUGUAGGAGAGGCUAGGGCCCGAGGGCACAGCCUUAGAGUUAUGGGAAGACCUGUAAGAAUAGAGAUAAGGAGAAACCUCUUCAGCCAAAGAGGGGUGAAUCUAUGGAAUUCACUGCCACAGAAGGCCAGGUCAUUGAGUACAUUUAAGAAGGAGAUAGAUAGGUUCUUGAUUGUCAAUGGGGAUCAAGGCUUAGGGGGAGAAAACGGGAUAAUGGGGUGGAGGAACUUAUCAGCCCUGAUUGAGUCUGCUCUGCCAUUCAAUGGGCCGAAUGGUCUACUUUCUGCUCCUAGGUCUUAUGGUCUCAUUCCACAUUAGUUUGCUCAGGAUCGGUUAUCUGCCAUUAAAACCAUUUAACAUGUUACAGUCAAAUGUUUUGUUACAAAAGCUGUUUUUAUAUUGGAAAAGACCUCGCCUUCGAUGCUAUGUCUCCAAUCACUGAAGGAGGUUUCCUACCUAUUUGUUGCAAUGGUGAUGUAAACUGGCACGACUACAUAAAGCAUUUGUUUUUGUAAUUUUUUAAGCAGGGCUGUUACAUCACUUUCAAAAUAGGUAGAAUUCAGCAGUGUCAGAAAGAUUGUGAAUUAUCUUGAUGCUAUUAGACUAAAUGUACUUUGAUACUGGAUCCUACAAAAAUAAUUUCAGCUUAUUUGCUCUCUGUAUAUGUGAGGCUGUAUUUAAAAAGGCCACAGUGUUCAUUAUUAGAAAAUAUGAGAGACAGAAUUCAAGAUUAGCCUAAGAUGUUAUAGUGACAAUCAUUCACUUGAAAUACCACUAAAAGGUGUUGUGUCACUAUCUUUGAAAUACCUGGUAUUUGUGAACUUUUUUAACAUUUAUCAGCAAUUGGUAAUUACAUAGAGACAUUUCACACUUGUAGCACAGAAAUUUUAUAAAACAUCCCUUUGAUAAAAUAUAGUUUCAACUUCUUAAAUGUAUAUGUCUUUUAAGCUGACCUUUCUUUUUGUAAAAUGUACCUCAACUUUCUGUGACAUGCAAUUUAUUUUCAAUCACAUACUGGAUGAAAACUACUUUCUAAAAUUAACAAAUUAUACCUUGUUGCUUUUUUAAAAUAAUAUCAACUCUUCUAUCUACUUUAAUGCAGGUGUUAUUCCCAAUGCUAGAAGGUAUUCCCUCUGCUAGAAGGUAUGGGUUCAAUUCCCAAUUACCCAGACCAUGUGUCAUAAUAUGUCUGUACAGACUAAUUAAAAACAAUUCUCAUUUGCUGUGCUACCUGUGGUGUGUAUUUAUGGGCAGCAGAGGACAGCAGUGAUGCACCACUUCAAAGACUUUCUGCUGUCCAUCCCCGUAUUUUUAUGACGUGGGAUUGGAUUGCUUGAUUGUAGCUGCAAAGGCAAACAGAUGGCCCCAUAUGAUAAAGGCCAGGCUUUGACCACAGAAGUAGUGUUCGUGUUAGUUUCUCUAUUCUACACACAUGCAGUUAGUUAGGGCACUUUUCUUACACUGUGGCAUGCAUUUAGAGCAAAGCAGCAAAAAUAAAGGAUGGCAAAAUGAAGGACUAAGAAAAGCCACAGAGGAAAUGCGACAAUGUUCAAUUCAGCAUUCUUUUCUCUGUACUCGGCCAUUCAUCAGAGCUUUCUCAUGUUCUCGUUACAAAUACAAUUUAUUUUCUAGUUUUCCCUGGCAGUGAGUUUUUUUUUCAUUUCCCACAUUAGAGUGAAGGCCAUCCAAGAUCAGUUAAAAGUUUAUAUCGAAUUAUUCUAAAAUAUUACCUGUCAUACAUGAUCUAUUGGCUCACUUAAUCUUUCAUGGAUCUAGAUAUGCUAUGAUAAGCAAUUUAGGUUGUUGAACCAUUAUAAUUUAAUGGAUAAAAUUGCCAACAAAUGAAGUUUGUAAAUGUGCUGUGUUCAAGUUCUCCAAUAAAAAAUAAAAACAUAAAUUUUAAUUUAGACUGCAACAUUCCUUUUUUUCUAUUUGUAAACUAAUUUCCAGUUCUUGGAUAAUGUUUUUAUUAAAUUUUAAAAUUAACAUUCUUACAACCCAUACAUAAUGUUGCAAAGUGCUGUGAUAAUGUAAGUUUUUCCCACAGAUUAUGUAAAAACACAUUCUGAUAUAUACCUUUGUUAUAAUGCUGAACAUACUGAAACAUAAAAAUGAUACUGUUGUAAUGCUUUUUUUAUCCACUGCAUAUAGAAAUGGUAUUGUUGUAAUGCUCUUUUAUCCUCUUCGCUCAUUUUUAGGAGUUAAAAUAUAUGAAUGGAAGAUUGUAAUUACAUCCUUGCAUCAUAUCUGCCAAAAUUGUUCGGCCUCAU